AUUUUCUCUGUGCGCAAUUAUUGUACCUUGUUUUCUGAACAACUCUACCUAAAAGAAUUCUGUCUCUCCUUUCUCUUUUCAUCUUCUACCUCUACUCACCGCAUGUUCAUCAAUCUAGUUUUUUCUACAGCUUUCAGAUUUAUCCAAAAAAUGGUGAGGAGAAAAGUGGUUACCACUGACGAAUGCACUGGAACCUCCAGCGAAGCUUUUCGGACUUCCACUCAUUUCCAGAAACAUGAUUUAUAUACUUGGGUAGUCGAGGAAGUUAAAAAUACUCCUUCUACCAUCACCAGGGAACGUCUUGAUGAAUUGAAAGGGUCAGGUGUGAUCUUUACUUUUGAUGAUGUUGGUAACCACUACUCACUUACUCUCCCUAACCAAGAAGAGCGUCUUUGCCAUAUUAAUCAUCAUGCCAAAAAUGUUCCGGAUUGGAUGUGGAUGUAUGAAAUUUUAUUUACAUGUCUCGGAGUUCGGAUUUCAUUUUCUGAUUUUCAACAAGAUGUCUUGAGGUUGUGUGGAUGUGCCCCUUCUCAGUUGCAUCCUAAUAGUUGGGCCAUCAUUCGAGGGUUUGAACUACUAUGUUCAUUCCUCGACUUUCCUAUCUCCACCAGAGUGUUUUUUUACUUUUUUAACUUUGCUAUUUCUUAUGGUGCUUGUGGUCAAGGCUUUCUAUCUUUCCAAGCUAACCACAAUCAUAGAAUUUUCAACCCUUUUGAAGAAUCGUACCAUGGUUUUAAAGAAAAAUACUUUAAAGUUGAAAGGGUCCCUGGGUCCCAACCUUUUUUCAUGACUUUGGAGGAUGAAAAAAGGUUUAACCUUUAUUGGAACUUUCACGUUACUUCUCCAAAAAUUGAACUGAAAAGUAUGAACCCAAUAGAGCGUGACAUCGUUCACACUCUUCUUGGUUUAUGGAAUGAUAACCCUUUGGAUUUGAGGAUGAUCCUUGCUGAAGUGCAAGCUUCUAAAAAUGUUGUUGUUAAAAUGGCUGGCGGAACUGAGGCCAUUACUGCUAUGAGGCGAAGGUUGGGUACUAACCCUAUCCCGACAAACACUGAAGGCAUGGAUAUGAUUUAUUCUUCAGCUACCCAUAUCAAUCUUUCACCUCCAGAACCUCAGAAAUCAGCUCUUGAUAUCGAAGUUUUAUAUUCCCAUCCUCCUUCGAGCUCUCUAGUGAGAAAGAAACAAAAGAGCAAGGGAAAAAGGCUUAUGAAAUCAACAACCACUCAAGCGGAAGAUCUAAGUUCCUAUGGUUGUGUCUUGAAAAAAGAUUUCCGCUACUGUGACUUUGUUGAUUCUUUCUUAUUGACUGAGGAGACUAAGUCAAAGUUAGUUGAGAUGCCUGUGGAAGACACCUUACCUCGAAUUCAAAAGAUGCUCCUUCGCUCAGCUGCCUUCGUUCGGGAUGUAGAGAAGGAGAUCCCGAGCUUCCGUUCUAAAAUUGCAUCAAAAGAAAAGGAGCUUCAAACUUCUGCCACUCAAAUUCAGAUUUUGAGUACUACCUUAGCCUCGUUACAAGAAGAUAAUAGGAAACUCCAAGAAAGUAUUAAAUCUUUGGAAGAGGAUAAGAAGACUUCAGCAUCUCAAGUUAAGGAUUUGAUGAUAAAGGUUGUUGAGUGAUGAGCGGAUAAUUUGUACACUUUUUGGCAUUGUUUUUAGUAUGUUUUUGGUAUGAUCUAGUUAGUUUUUAGUAUAUUUUUAUUAGUUUUUAGUUAAAAUUCACUUUUCUGGACUUUACUAUGAGUUUGUGUGUUUUUCUGUGAUUUCAGGUAUUUUCUGGCUGAAAUUGAGGGACCUGAGCAAAAAUCUGAUUCAGAGACCAAAAAGGACUGCAGAUGCUGUUGGAUUCUGACCUCCCUGCACUCGAAGUGGAUUUUCUGGAGCUACAGAAGCCCAAUUGGCGCGCUCUCAACGGCGUUGGAAAGUAGACAUCCUGGGCUUUCCAGCAAUAUAUGAUAGUUCAUACUUUGCCCAAGAUUUGAUGGCCCAAACCGGCGUUCAAAGUCACCUCAAGAAAUCCCAGCGUUAAACGCUGGAACUGGCACCCAAAUGGGAGUUAAACGCCCAAACUGGCACCAAAGCUGGCGUUUAACUCCAAGAAGAGUCUCUACACGAAAAUGCUUCAUUGCUCAACCCAAGCACACACCAAGUGGGCCCGGAAGUAGAUUUUUAUGUCAUUUACUCAUUUCUGUACACCUUAGGCUACUAGUUUUCUAUAAGUAGGACCUUUUACUAUUGUAUAAAAAAAGAAUCGGAUCUUUGGAACCUUUUUCUUUAGAUCUUUUGAUCACUUUGGGAGGCUGGCCUCACGGCCAUGCCUAGACCUUGUUCUUAUGUAUUUUCAACGGUGGAGUUUCUACACACCAUAGAUUAAGGUGUGGAGCUCUGCUGUACCUCGAGUAUUAAUGCAAUUACUAUU